GAAAUGCAGGGGCGUGACGCCUCACUCUGCAGCAGCGCUCACUCGCCUACGGGAGAAUGGGAGAGAGACAUAGAAAGGGAGGGAGGAGGAACUUGAAGGAAAAAAGUUACAAUAAAAAUGGCUUCCUUGUCUUUGGAGUCCUCAGAACAAACUGAAAACGAGCCAAAGGAGUCCACGCAAGAUGAAGCCAAAGUGAAAGAGGAGACGGAUCCGGACGAAGUUUCGGAACAGCUGCUCCAAAGCUUCCAGAACUCGGCGCUCAGUUUUUCCACCGAUCAGGUCGCGUGUCUGUGCGAAGCGCUCCUGCAAGCGGGUAAUGUGGAUCGCCUGUGGAGAUUCCUCGCCACCAUCCCUCCUUCGGCCGAUCUGCUACGUGGCAACGAGACCCUACUGAAGGCCCAGGCUCUGGUCGCUUUCCACCGGGAGGAAUUCAAUGAGUUGUACGCAAUCCUGGACAGUCAUGACUUCCACCCGAGUAACCAUGGGUUCCUUCAAGACCUCUACUUGAAGGCGCGCUACAAGGAGGCUGAGAGGUCCCGGGGUCGCAGUCUAGGCGCCGUGGACAAAUAUCGACUGCGCAAAAAGUUUCCUUUGCCCAAAACCAUUUGGGACGGAGAGGAGACUGUGUACUGCUUCAAGGAGAAGUCGCGCAACGCUCUGAAGGAAUGUUACAAGAUCAACAGGUAUCCCACUCCGGUCGAGAAGAAGAAUUUAGCCAAAGUCACCGGACUUUCUUUGACCCAAGUCAGCAACUGGUUCAAGAAUCGCCGACAGAGAGACCGGACUCCGUCCGGUACCAACAGCAAGAGUGAAUCUGAUGGAAACCACAGCACAGAAGAUGAAGCCAGCAAAGGAGAUCUGGAGGAUAUUGCUGACAAACCUUCUGCUCAAGAGACAGGCAGCUCCAAUGCUUCCCUUAUAUCUUACUCUGGUGCUCCUUGCAGUACUGGUCAGCUUAUUCUCAACGGCACUGGGGGAUUCCUUACAAGCUCUCACCCACUGCUACUCAAUGGGAGCCCUAUACUCUCGGGGGCAGGGACAGGGGUCAUCAUCAAUGGGUUGACACUGAGUGAUGGCCACACAGUCACUCUUAGUCCUGUUUCAGCUAAUUCACCAUUUCUACUAAAUGGGGCUCAAGUAAUCUCCAAAGAUGAACGGGGCAUCAAUGAUAUAGAGGCCCAUGGCAGUCUGCCCACUGUGGUUCUGAAUCCACAAGCCGGUUUAACUAGCACAAUACCUCUCUCGCUUGGCGAGGACGCAAAAACAGCCAGCAGCAACGUCUCUCCAUUGGAUUUCAUCAGUCUUCCGGAGACCUUGAAGAAUUCAGAUAACACUCAGUCUCUGCCUACAAACUUAAUGUCCCCGCCCACCAUCUCUACUUCUGUCAUCUCUCCCACGUCUCUUCCUUCAAUGGCACUGGCCCUCAAUAGUAUUCCUGCAUCUUCAGCUGGCUCCAUGAGUACAGUCAUCUCCAGUCCCAUGGUGCCACUACAGCCCACACAGCCACCUGAACUUGUUGUAUUAGGAAAAGCAGAGUCUCAGUCACCAACUCGCAGCUCCAUCUCUAGCCCUCAGGUGCUGUCUUUACCCCAGGUGGUUCCAUCAAUACAGGGCGUUCCAGUUUCUCAACUGAUGCAGCAUCCAUCUGGGGCCACCGUGUCAUCUUGCCCCCAGCUUGUUCCAGUCUCCCCAGUGAAUUCACAGUUACCCCAAGUUCCCAUUCCUCAAGUUCAGACACAGACCUUGCACAUCGGUCCAAGACUUGUGCAAACACAGCUCCAAAACGGCUUGACCACAGUAAGCACCAGUAGUGCUUUAUCAAUCCCCCAGAUGGCUGAUGGGCAAGUUACACAAAUGCUUACACCUCAGCUAGGAGACGAAUCUAUUUCAGCCACCCUUCCACAGAUACAGACCUCCAUGGGAACACAAGUCAUUCCCAUCACCUCCCCGACUCAAGUUGUGCCAAUAUCCCAAACCAAAGACUCAAGCCAACCUCAGCUGGUCCCCCUGUCACUGCCUCAACUUAUGCCUGUGUCAUCCAUUGCGGGAACUCCAACUGGAACCCUGUCUUUCCCUCAGGUGGUCCCAGCAACUCCAUCCCUUUCCAUUCCGUCCCAUGGAGGUGGUUUCCAGAUUCUGACAUCUGGAUCUGGAACAGGAUUCAGUGUUGCCCAGGGACCAAUAUGCCUUAGCCCAAUAGGUCCUCCUCAGAGUGUCCCUACUGGUACCAUCCCAGGUGUUCAGCUUAUCAACUCUGGGGUGAUUCAGCUACCUUCUGCCUCUCCAGGCAACAUCCUACUUGCAGGUGGCAUUGGGGGCAGCCCCAUCUUAAGUGUUCAAAAUGGCAAACUUAUCCUCACUAUCCCAGCUGGCAUCCAGUUCACCAGCAUGCCUGUCAAGUCCGUCCCAGAUAAUUUGGUCUCAAGCAACAGUACCCUUGAUCCUCAACCCUCCGCUAUGCAUCCACUUGAGAAUCAACCAGCACCUUCACUCACUGCUCAAACCUCAAAUUCACUACAGUUAUCUCCUUUGGGGUUUGUUGGCUCCUCUACACUUUACUGCAGCCCUGAGCCAGGGACAAUUGCCAACCUAACACCAGGAGCCUCUCCUAACACCCCAGACUCUUCCAGCACUCCCACUCCUACAAGUGUCCUACAAUCCCAGCAAACCCUUUGCCCUGAUAGCAUGCUACCACUCAGUCCAAUAUGUAGCGGUGUGACAACUGGCCCCCACCUCUCCCAGCCAGUCUGGAGCCCUGUCCCACUCUCCUCCUCUGCUUGUCUGACAUUAUUUGACAUGCGUGGGAAAGGAGAUCUUCCAGAGGACCCUGCUUUGUUGGGCUUGCCAGGCAGAGAGUCCCUCCUGUUGGGCACUCCUCCUCCAGGCGAAGAUGUGGAGAGAGAUUCUCAGCUGGAUGAGGUGGAGGACAUGGAUGGGGACUCGAAAAUUCUUACACAACUGCAGUCUGUCCCUGUGGAUGAUGAUCUGGGUUUGUAAUCGCCAGUCCUUUUGACAACCUACUAGAUGCAGUUAGUGUUAAACCUCAACCUGCAAGAGUUGCUUGCAAUGUUUUAUGACCGCCGAGGUUUGGAGUCUUUCCCCACUCCAACCCCUUGUGUCGUGGAAGUAUUCAACCUAAUAAUGGAGUUAUAGAAAAGAACCUCUCUUUUAUAUAUGGAAUUCAGUUGUGAAACCUACAUAUUCAGCAAGGUCAUGACUAUAGAGGUUAAAAGGCACUGCCAUUUUUUCACAGAGAACUGUAUUAUAACCAAUAUUCACCUCCAGGAACCUAAGGUUGUAUCUACAUGGUUUUUGAUGUAUGUUACAAGGGCUUACAUGACUCCUUAAGUGGCUAAAAGACACUAAUAUGUCAGAGGCAAUCAAGAUUAUUUUAUCUGGGAGUGAAGAGCAUGUGGGAAUGCCUUCUUUUGUGCCUUACAUUUUUGUUACUUUUCAGUUUUAUAGAUUAAAUGACUCUUGACAAGUACUUUUAUCUUUAAAGAAGAGAAACAAGUCAUAUUAGGGUUUCCCUCCUAGAGACAAUAUAAUAGAGGUACAUGUUUAUGCUGGUCACAAAACUGGUGUCUUGGAGUGAAAUGGGUCAGCUCAAUCUAAGAAUGCAAUGAGUCUGAACACGAGCUACGCACUGGGAGCAUUUUGUCAGACAGCCUGUACAGGUGGUUCAUAAAGAUACCUAGAUGCACCAACAGCACCCUGCGCUGGGAGAAGGAAAUCAGAACUCGCAACAUUGGGUGGAAGAUAAGACAAAUUAACUUUUAAGUGUGUCUGUGACAACUACAUUGGCCAUAAUGCAUCCUCACUGCUCAGUCUAGGUGCUGUUUUAAUUAUAUUUUGCUUUAACAUUUCAGUUGGCUUAAGUACCUUUUGAGAGAGAGAGAGCAGAUGGUGCAUGUGUCAGAUUUAUAAAUGGCAAUUCACUUGGGUUUUGAACAAUACACUCUGUGAAGCACUCUAUGUUGUUUUAUAUUACAUGUAUACAGUAUCUUGCAGCGUAAAUUUAUGAUGGCACACUAAACCGACCAUGGAUAUCCUAUAUUUUGUAAUAUGAUAGAUAAUUGACAUUGGUGUCCUUAGAUAAACCAUUGAGCUUACCCAAGCAUUACAGCUCUUUACCGUAAAACUGUGUUUAAACCUACAGGCUUGAGUGUUUGAAGGGAAUUGAAGUACUGAAUAUUUGUCUAUGCAACUGUUCCACAUGAACCUUGAGAUUUGUUUACUGUUAAAAACAGCCGCUUCUUACACUACAAAUCCACCAUGUACAUAUACAGUGAAAUCCUUUUUUUUAUCAUGUUUAUCUUGUCUUUGUAUAUUUCAAAAUCAAAUGUUUUAAUUGGAAAAUUUCCACAUAGCUCCAGGAAACGUCUGUUUUUUUCUCUCCCCCACUUAAUACUUAUCAAAUGCAAUUAGGUCUAGGUGAUUCAAAGCUACAAGUCUGUCUUUUUCAACACAGGUCAUUAUAACCACCAGACUGAUUUCCUUAUUGCAGAGCACAGUUCUGUAUAUUUUGCACAUUUAAUUGUUUUUAUUCAUAGAGCAUUUACAUUUUUUUUAAUGAGCCUUCAAAAUGUGGUGCUAUUUUUUUUUUAAACCAUGCAACUGUACAAUAAGGCUUUUGUGGAAUAUUUGGCCUGUGAGAUUUUGACUGGUGCAUAGUAGUCACCUUUGUAAACUCUAGCCUUAAGUGUAAUUGUCUCUGUUUUUUUUUUACAAUAUUUAAUGCAUUUAUCAAUCAUUUCGGGGUGAUUCAACCUUAAAGCUCUUUCCCUCAUUCUAGCUUAGGUUUACACUCCAUUUUCUGCUUUUGCAAUGUGUAGCGUCUUGUGUAGUUUUUGUAUUUUACACAUUUAUGUUACAUAGGACUUGUUGCAUUGACUUUCCAAAGUUUUUUUUCCCUCCUUGUUCUUAUUUCAAGCACCUGGACAAUGUUUUAACUGUUUUUGGAAAGUAAGGGAAUGUGUGUGUGUGUGUGUGUGUGUGUGUGUGUUUGUCCCUGAGUAUUAAUAUUACUCCAGAAUGUAAUGAUUACUAUAUUAAUGCACAUGUAUUUUAUUCAGUAGUUAUAUUUGCUCUGUUCACUUUUUAAUACUUUCUCUUCACUUUUCAUGUACAAACAGAAAAAUUAUGCAGCUGAUUAAACCAAAGAGUACACCCUUGACCCCCCCCCCCCCCCCCACCCCCCAGUCAUUUUAUUUAGUAAAUGGAGUUUUUGUCAUUAUUGUAAACAUCUCUUUUUACAGAGGCGUGUUUUGUCUCUAAUAGUUAUUUUAUUUUUUAUAUUCCACUUUGUGAUAUGUAAUAAACAUAUAAAAUGCCA